GGCUCGGGGAGCUGGGAGUGGCGGGGCGGCGGAAGGUGAGCCUAGGAAGGUGGCCCGGCGCCCCUUCUGCCCGGGCCCCUCCCAGUGCUCCCUCGGGGUGUCAGCUUCGGCUCCGCUUGCUCCCACUCCACCCUCCUUUCGAAGGGAUUGCCUUUUUUUUCCCCCCUCUGCGGCGGCGGAAAUGACAGUGUGGUGCUGCGGUGGUGUCAUGGUGCUGCCUCUGGACUGAGAGGCGAAAACUCCUAAGUUUCGCCCGGGAGACCCAGACGCGGGAACGUCUCGGUCUCCGUGCUGUCCCCUGUGGGGCGCGCGGGCUGGCGGAUCCCGGCUGCUGCGCGGCAGCGGCGGCGGCGGCGGCGGCUGCAGCAGCGAAGGCGGGCGGCGGCCUAGAGUGGUGGUGGCGGCGGCGGCAGCGACAGCGGCCCGGGAGCUCGCACGGGAGCCCAAGCCAGCUUGCUGCGGAGGCCGGCGAGCGCCCGGCGCUCUCAGGCGCGCGUAGGAGAUGGCUGGCACCCGGGAACAAUAUGGGUGAAAGCCCAGCCUCUGCGGUUCUUAAUGCCUCAGCAGGAUUAUUUUCACUAAAGAUGGAAACACUGGAGUCUGAAUUGACCUGUCCAAUCUGCCUCGAGUUGUUUGAAGACCCCCUCCUGCUCCCUUGUGCUCAUAGCCUGUGUUUCAGCUGUGCCCAUCGCAUCCUGGUCUCAAGCUGCAGCUCCGGUGAAUCCAUUGAACCCAUUACUGCUUUUCAGUGUCCUACAUGCAGGUAUGUUAUCUCGCUGAAUCACCGGGGCCUGGAUGGCCUCAAGAGGAAUGUAACCCUGCAGAACAUUAUUGAUCGCUUCCAGAAGGCUUCAGUCAGUGGGCCCAAUUCUCCAAGUGAGAGCCGUCGGGAGAGGACUUACAGGCCAAGCUCCGCCAUGUCUAGUGAGAGAAUUGCUUGCCAAUUCUGUGAGCAGGACCCUCCGAGAGAUGCUGUGAAGACAUGCAUCACCUGUGAGGUCUCCUACUGUGACCGUUGCCUUCGGGCCACACACCCUAACAAGAAACCCUUCACCAGUCAUCGCCUGGUGGAACCAGUUUCAGACACACAUCUUCGAGGGAUUACCUGCCUGGACCAUGAGAAUGAGAAAGUGAACAUGUACUGUGUAUCUGAUGACCAAUUGAUCUGUGCCUUAUGCAAACUGGUGGGUCGUCACCGAGACCAUCAGGUCGCUUCCCUGAAUGAUCGAUUUGAGAAACUAAAGCAAACUCUGGAGAUGAACCUCACCAACCUGGUUAAACGCAACAGCGAACUAGAAAAUCAAAUGGCCAAACUAAUACAGAUCUGCCAGCAGGUCGAGGUGAAUACUGCUAUGCAUGAGGCAAAACUUAUGGAAGAAUGUGACGAGUUGGUAGAGAUUAUCCAGCAGAGGAAGCAAAUGAUUGCUGUUAAAAUCAAAGAGACAAAGGUUAUGAAACUGAGAAAAUUGGCACAGCAGGUUGCUAAUUGCCGCCAGUGUCUUGAACGGUCAACAGUCCUCAUCAACCAAGCUGAGCACAUCUUGAAAGAAAAUGACCAAGCACGGUUUCUACAAUCUGCAAGAAAUAUCGCUGAAAGGGUCGCUAUGGCAACUGCAUCUUCUCAAGUUCUGAUUCCAGACAUCAAUUUUAAUGAUGCCUUUGAAAACUUUGCUUUAGAUUUUUCUAGAGAAAAGAAACUAUUGGAGGGGCUAGACUAUUUAACAGCCCCAAACCCACCAUCUAUCCGAGAAGAACUCUGUACUGCCUCCCAUGACACCAUUACAGUCCAUUGGAUCUCGGAUGAUGAGUUCAGCAUCAGCUCCUAUGAGCUUCAGUACACCAUAUUCACUGGCCAGGCUAACUUCAUCAGUAAGUCAUGGUGUAGUUGGGGCCUGUGGCCAGAGAUAAGGAAAUGUAAGGAAGCAGUAAGCUGCUCAAGAUUGGCCGGUGCGCCACGAGGCCUGUAUAAUUCAGUGGAUAGCUGGAUGAUUGUGCCCAACAUUAAACAGAACCAUUACACAGUGCAUGGACUCCAGAGUGGGACACGCUACAUCUUUAUUGUGAAAGCCAUAAAUCAAGCGGGCAGCCGGAACAGCGAACCCACCAGACUAAAAACAAACAGCCAACCCUUUAAGCUAGAUCCCAAAAUGACUCACAAGAAGUUGAAGAUAUCCAACGAUGGAUUGCAGAUGGAAAAGGAUGAAAGCUCUCUGAAGAAAAGCCAUACCCCAGAGAGAUUUAGUGGAACAGGGUGUUAUGGGGCAGCAGGAAAUAUAUUCAUUGACAGUGGCUGCCACUACUGGGAGGUGGUCAUGGGUUCUUCAACAUGGUAUGCAAUUGGUAUUGCCUACAAAUCAGCUCCAAAGAAUGAGUGGAUUGGCAAGAAUGCCUCUUCCUGGGUCUUCUCUCGAUGCAAUAGUAACUUCGUGGUGAGACAUAACAACAAGGAAAUGCUGGUGGAUGUGCCCCCCCAGUUGAAGCGUCUAGGUGUCCUCUUAGAUUAUGACAACAACAUGCUGUCUUUCUAUGAUCCAGCUAACUCUCUCCAUCUCCAUACUUUUGAUGUGACCUUCAUUCUUCCAGUUUGUCCAACAUUCACAAUCUGGAAUAAAUCCCUAAUGAUCCUGUCUGGCUUGCCUGCCCCAGAUUUUAUUGAUUAUCCUGAGAGGCAGGAAUGCAACUGCAGGCCUCAAGAAUCCCCCUAUGUGUCUGGGAUGAAAGCUUGCCAUUAAGUGUCAAGAGGGCAUGUGAUUCACUGGCUCUCCAGUUCAGCACUUCUUCCCUUCUUAAGCCUCCAUUAGUGUUUCAUAUAUGAGAUACAAAAUAAAGUUCAUUGGGAGCACCCAAAAUAACUAGAUAGUGUAGACUUAAUUUUUGUGCAUUAAAUCUUAUGUUUGAAUUCAUGUAUUGAGUUACUCAGAACAAAUUAUCUGAAUAGUCUGGGUUUAUGCCAUUGGGGAAGAAUUUUAGAGAAUAUCUCUGUCAUCAUUGGAGAAUUAAAAAUUCCCAAUGAUUUGGGAGUAUAAAUGACACUGGAAGGAAUUAGCCUUUCUAGCAGUGGCUUGUUUGACCAGGUAAAAUUUGCACAGUGUCAGAUUAUCACAUAUUUUAUGUCACUUUUUAAUAAACUAAUAAUCAAGGUGUUAUGAGAAUAUCAUACCUGUGUAUAUAUAAUAUAUAAAAUGACUGAAUUCAUUUUAUGAGCAAAAUGACAGAGAUCAUUUUAUCUAUUACAUAUAUACAAUGAACCUUAAUUUGUUCAUAUAAAUGAGAAAUAUAUUGAAAAGGAAAAUAAAUUAUACUGUCCAUUCUUAUUCCCUAGAUGACACAUCACAGUGGACUGGCAUUUUUCUCUUCUUCCCUUUUAGCCUUCUUUCCCCCUCUUGUCACACAUACAAACACAUGCAAUCAUCCAGACACAGGAAGUGAGAGAGGAGCUCUUGGUUAGAUUAGCAGAGAUGUGUGGACAAGAUUGCAUAAGAGAUGCUAAUGCUACAUUGAAAAUUGAUUCUGGUAGAAGUGUGCUGUGUAGCAUAAUUUCGUUGAUAUUAUUUAAUAGAGGAGAUUUAUUUGAAUUAUUAAAAAUUGCCAUAGAAUAUUUCAAAGAAAUAUAGUUUUGUUACUCUCAAAUACAUAGUUACUAGACUUAAGCUGGAAAAUAGAGUUGCAUAAGGGAGUUUCUUCAGAACUCACCUUAUUCGAUCAGUAAGAAUAGUGUUACAGGUUCAACAACUAUAUGAAUACAAAUGUACUUGUAUUUUCAGAUGAAGCACUCCUGAAACACUAUUUGCCUCGAUAGGAUCCAUACUCAUUCUUUUGUGAUUUUGUUUACAUUAUUCAUUCACUUCAUGACAAAUAACAUAAAUCCCAUCCUACUUUUCAUCCGACUAGUUAAAGGAAAUUGAGCUUCAUGGUCUGUUAUUUUACCAGUAAUUUUGCAGAGAUUGGAAACGCCAGAGAAAUAGAGCCUUCUCCCAGGAGCAAAGUCCACUCUUGGUACUUGUAAAAUGAUUACCCCUGUGUAAUUGUAAUGUGACAGUAGUAGCCAUUACCUGGAUUAUAUGUAGACUUGAUGCAGUGUCAAAUGUUUCCCUCUCGUUCUACCAGCGUGGUGGAUUCUUAUUUAUUAAUUUGUUCAGUGAACUCUUAGAUGCCACACUACUGCUGCAAGAGUGCACAUAUUACUAAAAUACAGUCCUUGCUGUCAAAUGACUCACUCUUAUGUACAAGAGACAACAUAUCUCUGUAA